GUUUAAGCUUGAAUGUCUUCUAUGUGCAGAUUUUUUGUACGUGGGUUAUAUGAUGGUCAAUUGUUCUUAAAGUUGAAAAAAGGUGUUAAUUUUCCAGCCAUGGAUCCGUGGGGAACAAGCGAUCCAUAUGUGGUUAUGCAAUUCGAUGGACAAGUUGUCAAAAGCAAUGUUAAAUGGGGGACCAAAGAACCAACAUGGAAUGAGGAGUUUACUUUGAACAUUAACUUACCCCCUACCAAAAUUCUUCAGGUUGCAGCUUGGGAUGCAAACCUUGUAACUCCACAUAAGCGCAUGGGCAAUGCAGGCAUUAACCUGGAGGCCUUUUGUGAUGGAAACUUGCAUGAUGUGCUGGUGGAAUUGGAAGGCAUGGGAGGUGGUGGAAGGAUAUAUCUAGAGGUAAAAUAUAAAAGCUUUGAAGAAAUUGAUCAAGAGAAACAACAGUGGCGGAUCCCUUUUGUUUCAGAUUUUCUUGAAAAGAAUGGUUUCAAGUCUGCUCUAAAACUGAUUGUUGGAUCUGACACUGUACAAGCACGUCAGUUUGUGGAGUAUGCGUUUGGGCAAUUGAAGUCAUUCAACGUUGGUUACCUUCAAGACCAAUUUUCUAUGACGGAUACCUUUGACAUGGAAGGCUCUGGAAAAUCUGAAAAUCAAGUUGGUGUUCCUGACAAGACUUCACAGCCUGAGGGUAGCCCAGAAAAUUCUUUUUCUGUCAUAAACGAUGGAAAAGAUGGAAAUUUACUGGAGAGUAAAACUGAUAAUAGUUCUGGGGAUUUUGAAACUAGUUCUUCUGUGGAUACAGAAGUUCAUGAAUCUAUGAAAUCAGAUAAAUAUUUUUGGAAGAAUUUUACUGAUAUUACCAGUCGAACUGUCGUUCAGAAGCUCGGUAUACCCAUUCAAGAGAAAAUAAAGUGGGAUGGAUUCGACUUAUUGAACAGAAUUGGCUUACAAUCAAGUAAGAUUGCAGAGGCUGGUUAUGUUGAGUCGGGGCUUGCAACUCCAGAAAGUCAGGAUAACAGUGGUGCUACAACUGGACAUCCUACCAUCAGUGCAAUUCAAUCUUCCCUUCCAGAUAUUAAGAAGGUGUCAUCAGAUAUGUUGGGGCAAACUGAUUCCAUUUUAGGAGCAUUAGUGGUUCUUACGGCAGCAUUUUCUGAAAAGAAUAAGCAAGCACGAUCAGUGGGAAAGGAAAAAACUGAAAAAGAUGCUUCUAUCACAGUGCAGGACGAUGUUUCAGGAUAUCCUGUGAAUGGAAAUGUAGGUGGCACCUUGGAUGUAUCAGUGUUGGAUCAAAGAAAAGCAGAGGAGAUGAAGUCACUUUUUUCAACGGCAGAGAGUGCGAUGGAGGCAUGGGCUAUGCUUGCCACUUCAUUGGGUCAUCCAAGUUUUAUUAAAUCUGAAUUUGAGAAGAUAUGUUUUCUUGAUAAUCCAUCCACUGAUACACAGGUAGCAAUUUGGCGUGAUUCUCCACGGAAAAGAUUGGUUGUUGCUUUCAGAGGAACUGAACAGGUAAGGUGGAAGGAUUUGCGAACUGAUUUAAUGCUAGCUCCUACUGGGCUAAAUCCUGAGAGGGUUGGUGGUGAUUUCAAGCAAGAAGUUCAAGUUCAUAGCGGUUUUUUAAGCGCAUAUGAUUCAGUGAGGACUAGGAUCAUGUCACUUGUUAAGCUGGCAAUUGGUUUUGUAGAUGGUGCGGAAGUGGUGAACAAAUGGCAUAUAUAUGUGACAGGUCAUAGUUUGGGUGGUGCAUUGGCUACCCUUCUUGCUCUUGAACUUUCAUCAAGUCAAUUGGCAAAGUGUGGAGCAAUUUCUGUGAGCAUGUAUAACUUUGGCUCUCCUAGAGUUGGGAACAAAAGAUUUGCAGACGUAUACAAUGGGAAAGUUAAAGAUAGCUGGAGAGUUGUAAACCAUAGAGAUAUUAUUCCAACAGUCCCUCGGCUAAUGGGCUAUUGCCAUGUAGCUCAGCCUGUCUAUCUAGGAGCUGGAGAACUAAGGGAUGCCUUGGAAAAUAUGGAGCUUAUGGGAGAUGGAUACCAAGCUGACGUAAUUGGGGAGUACACACCUGAUGCUAUUGUCAGUGAGUUUAUGAAGGGAGAGAUGGAACUUAUUGAAAAAAUAUUAAAUACCGAAAUUAAUAUUUUCCGCUCAAUUAGAGAUGGUAGUGCACUUAUGCAGCAUAUGGAAGAUUUCUACUACAUCUCAUUGUUGGAGCACGUGAGAUCAAAUUACAAGACUGUUGAGCUCUCAAAUUCCACCAGUUCCACCAGCGAAAACUUAUCAGUUACUUGAGCAGGUUAUGUUGUCACAUGAUUAGAUCUUGAUCUUGCGGCAUGAAUUUUCACAAUAUUCUCAGCUGAUUGAGUUAGUAUUUCCAAGAAUUUCAUCAACAGCAUGCAAGACUGUCAUACUUGUACAGGAACAUCCAUUCAUUCAUAAGAAAAUGUAUUAUUGUGACCCUAGUGUAACUAAACAAUGUACAGGUAAUGGUGAUUAAAUUUUUUGUGGAGCUUCCUGCUGCUCUUUUUUACUUUUAAUGCAGAUGCAUAUCUGUGAGUAUUUAAGAAGGUCCUGAUAAUAAUAUAUACAGGAGCUUUCGGAACCAAAA